CCAAUGCACCCUGCAUGCGGAACGCAAGGCUCUAAGCGCGCCCGUCCUCACACGAUUCGCGCGCGCCGUCCCCCGUGGCGAGCAGCAACGCGGCGGCUCACGCAGGCGAGGCACCGAUCGGGGAGAAGCCGGCCGGAGAGAUGUGGCCGUCGACGUGGCUCCCGUUCCUGUACCCGCCGCCGGCGUCGGUGUACGUGGCGGCGAUGUCGGCGGUGUCGCUCGUGUCGAUGGCCAACGCGGGCCUCGCCGAGCUCCGCGGCAACCACAUGGCCUACUCCAAGUUCUGGCACGUCGUGGCCGCGGGCGCGGGGGGCGACAAGCAGCGGCGGCAGGGCGGCGGCGGCGGGGCGCUUCUGAAGAGCCGGGAUGGGAUGCUGGUGGCCUACGCCCCCGCGCUCGUCGCCGCCGCAGCGUCGUUCGCCGUGCCCGGAGCCGUCGAAGGCGCGCGCGCGCAGAUCCUCAGCGCCGCGCUCGCCGUCCACUUCCUCAAACGCGUUCUCGAGGUGCUGUUCGUCCACCGGUACAGCGGGAGCAUGCCGCUCGACACGGCGGUGACCAUCGCCACCAGCUACCUGCUCAGCACGGUCACCAUGAUCUACGCGCAGCACCUCAGCCGCGGCCUCCCGGACCCUCCCGUCGACCUGCUCUACCCCGGCGUGGUCGUCUUCGCCGUCGGCAUCGCCGGCAACUUCUACCACCACUACCUCCUCUCGACGCUGCGAGACGGCGGCGGCGGCGGCGACAAGGGGUACAAGAUCCCCAGGGGCGGCCUGUUCGACCUCGUCACCUGCCCGCACUACCUCUUCGAGAUCACCGGGUUCUUCGGGUUCGCCAUGAUCGCGCAGACGGUGUACGCGCUCGCCGUGGCCACCGGAACGGCGGCCUACCUGGCCGGCCGGAGCUGCGCCACCAGGAGGUGGUACGAGUCCAAAUUCGAGGAGUUCCCGGCCAGGAUCAAAGCGUUGGUGCCAUUUGUGUUGUAGUGAUUAGUGAGCUAGUAGACAGCGCUACUCCAUAUGGUUUUCACAUGUACAAGAGAUUAUAGUGGUCAUCAGCUGAUAUUCAUUUGUUGCAGUCAGUGUAAACUUUUUGCAGCUAAAAUCCUACACACACAUGAUUAAGAAUUAAAGAUAAACAGGCCAGGUACCUUAA